AUGCAAAACGAUGUUUGCCAGAGAAUGAACGUUGAUGAUGGAAGUAGAAAGUAUCAAUGUGAUCAUUGCAAGCGUCUGUACUAUUCAAAGGGCGAAGUACGAUCGCACAUUAAAUGGACCCACUUACAACACGCAGGCGGUCAUGCCUGUACCUGUGGUAGAGUGUUUAGGACCCCAGUGCGUCUGCGAGACCACAUCGCCACACGCCAUUUGGGAGCCGUCCCACCUCGGGACAAACAUUGUCCGCAUUGUCAGAAGGCGUUUGCGAAUCAGCAAGUUCUAACUCGGCACAUAAAGUCUCACGCAGGUGAGAUGUUCCCGUGUACCGAGUGUGGAAGAGAGUUCAAGACGCAGUCUUAUGUCAAGGUGCACUAUCAGGUCGCGCACUUGCACAUGACGCGUGCACAAAUACGAAGGCAGAAUAAGAGGAAACUUAUCAUGGUGGAGGAUAUGAAUCCUCAAUCACCAACAAAAGAAGAAGAGCUAUAUGGUUGUAAUGAGUGUGGAAAGAAGUUCAAAACUCAAUCUUAUGUCCGCAUUCACUAUUUCACAAAACAUCUGAACAUGACUCACGCGCAGGCGAAAAAGAAAUGCAGGGAAUUACGUUCCAUAACCCAAUUGCCUGGAUGUUCCAAAGAUCCCAUGCAAAUUGAAGAAGUAUUUGUCAAGACCGAACCAGAAGACGCUGAAGACGCCGAAGAACCGAACGGCAUAAAAAUACCAAUGUUUGAAACAUUUGUUGACAUCCAGAGGGAAUCCAUCGUUUAG